AUGAGUUUCGACAGAUCUAUUGAAAUGGACUUCGCUACUAUAGAGAUGAAGCUGAAAGUUUUGAAUAUCUGGCAGGCUAUUAAAAAGCGAGCUUGCCAAAAACUACAAAACGAGCAGGAAGGAAUUGCGAGACUUAUGCGAAAAACAAACGGUUUACGAGAGAGAUUACGUCUAAGAGACGUAAAGAUCAACGAACAAGAUUUUGAGAAGUUCUGCCAAGAGAAGUUGGCCAAAAUGCCACCGCUGCGUCGAGCCUAUGGGCUAUUUCAAGUUCAUCAAGAAGAUCAAUUAGAAAAAGAAUUGAGUUUCGUUGAACAAAAUAUACUUCCGACCGAAAGUACAAAUCAGCGAUUUCUCGAAAAUGGGACUUCCAAGGAGCCAAUAAUGUUGCCAGAAUCUUUCGUAGCUGAUGAGAAAGGCAUGGUCCUAAUCGGACCGAAUGGUACGAAAAUAUCGAAGGAGAGAUUAUCUCUGAUCAACUGGGGUUCAAACGGUCCGACCAUAACGCGGAAGCUACUGAUGGAAGUAUUCGAUAGAAAUACGUUGGCUUUUGGAAGCCUUACCGGCAAACCUUCGCCGGCUUUUACCGACAUCGCUAAGCCAACGAAAAACCAACUAGAUCCGUUAAAAGUAGCGGACAUUGUACAUUUCAUGACAGAGUACACGGAGAUGACAGCAAAGGAAGUCAAAGGUGCCGUCACAACGAAAUGCGCUGAUGAGAAUAAAAUGUAUCGUCAACGGCAAAAGAAGCGUAUGGAGAUAGCUUUAAAGAUCAAAACCAAAAAGCUUAGAAAUUUUUAA